CUCGGUCACGACGCGCCCAUUCCGCAUCUCGCCCUCCCGGACUCCGAUUGGCCGCCGCCCCGCCCGCCGCGACACCGCGCGCGCCCUCGCCGCCGCGCGCACCUCGCCGUCCCCCCCAUCCUCGCCGCCUUCUGACCGCCGGCGUGGGGUGCCCGGGCUCCACCACCGGCGACGCCACCCUCCCCGCCGCGCGCGCACCCACCGCCUGCUCCGUUUGCGGGGGUAGCCGGGGCUCCGGCCUCGGCGGCUUGCAAAGCCCCCUUCCUCACAACAGGAUCCAAAAUCCCGUCCUAGAGUUCUUCUACCUCCCGUUCCAGAACUUCCUCUUUUGGCAUCCCCGACAAUCGAUCUCGAUCCCCUUCGAUUUCGAUUGUUUUCUUCUUUGAUUUCAUUUUCCUUCACUUUUACCUCUUUUCUUCUAUUAUCGGUAGCUGAUCGAUCGAUCGACCUCAUCACCCUUCACCCAGUUCCAGUUCCAUACCCUUUAGUUCAUCCGAUUCUGUUCAUUCGCAGCUAACACCACCCCCACCCACACAGCAAUUUUACAGCAUAUAAAACCAACCAAAAUCCCACCAAAAAAAAGGCUAUUUUUUUCCCCCUGUGGACUCUCCGGUUGUUUGAUUUGACGAGAUGCCUGCGCUCGCCGUCGACGCCGCGACACCUGUGGCGCACGCCUUCGCGUCCUGCGACGCGGCGCGCUUCCCGGCCCCGCUCAUGGCGGGGCCCGCCGCCGACAAGCCCGAGGCGGCCGCGUGGUCGGCCGACCUCUCCGCGGCGCUCUACAACGUGGACGGCUGGGGCGCCCCCUACUUCUUCGUCAACGACGACGGCGACGUCGCCGUGCGCCCGCACGGCGCCGCCACGCUGCCCGGCCAGGAGAUCGACCUGGCCAAGGUCGUCGCCAAGGCCGCGGGACCGCGCGAAGCCGGCGGCCUCGGCCUGCCGAUGCCCCUGCUCGUGCGCUUCCCCGACGUGCUGCGCCACCGCGUCGAGACCCUCAACGCCGCCUUCGACUACGCCGUCCGCUCCACCGGCUACGGCUCAAGGUACCAGGGCGUGUACCCGGUCAAGUGCAACCAGGACAGGUACGUCGUCGAGGACAUUGUCGAGUUCGGCGAGCCAUUCCGCUUCGGCCUCGAGGCAGGCUCCAAGCCGGAGCUGCUGCUCGCCAUGAGCUGCCUUGUCGCGCGCGGCAACCCCGACGCCCUGCUCGUCUGCAACGGCUACAAGGACGACGGCUACGUCUCCCUCGCGCUCAUGGCGCGCACCAUGGGCCUCAACACCGUCAUCGUGCUCGAGCAGGAGGAGGAGCUCGACAUUGUCGUCGAGGCCAGCCGCCGCCUCGGCGUGCGCCCCGUCGUCGGCAUGCGCGCCAAGCUGCGCACCAAGCACGCCGGCCACUUCGGCUCCACGUCCGGGGAGAAGGGCAAGUUCGGCCUCAACACCUCCCAGAUACUGUCCGUGGUCACCAAGCUCAAGGCCAUGGGUAUGGUCGACUGCCUCCAGCUCCUGCACUUCCACAUUGGCUCCCAGAUCCCCACCACCGCUCUGCUCUCCGACGGCGUGGGCGAGGCCGCGCAGAUCUACUGCGAGCUCGCCCGCCUCGGCGCCGACAUGCGCGUCAUUGAUGUUGGCGGCGGCCUCGGCAUCGACUACGACGGGACCCACUCGGCGCAGACCGACAUGUCCGUGGCCUACAGCUUGGAGGAGUACGCGGUGGCCGUGGUGGCCGCCGUCGGCCGCGUCUGUGACCGCAAGGGGGUGCCGCACCCCAUCGUCUGCAGCGAGAGCGGCCGCGCGCUGGUGUCGCACCACUCUGUCCUGGUGUUCGAGGCCUUCUCGGCUACGGCGCCCGGACAGCUUGACGCAGCCACGGCCUACCUGCUCGAUGAGCUCACCGAUGACUGCCGCGCCGACUACCGCAACGUCAUGGCCGCCGCCGUGCGCGGCGACUACGACACCUGCGGCCUCUACGCCGACCAGCUGAAGCGGCGCUCCGCCGAGCAGUUCAAGGAGGGGGUUCUGGGCCUGGAGCACCUCGCAGCGGUCGACGCCUUCUGCGAGAUCGUCGCCCGUGGCAUGGGCGCCCCCGAGCCGCCGCGCACCUACCACAUCAACCUGUCCGUGUUCACCUCCCUGCCGGACAUGUGGGCCAUCGGGCAGCAGUUCCCCAUCAUCCCGAUCCAGCGCCUGCAGGAGCGCCCGGCCGUCGACGGCGUCCUCUCCGACCUCACCUGCGACAGCGACGGCAAGGUCUGCGAGUUCAUCGGCGGGAGGCACAGCCUGCCGCUGCACGAGCUCCCCACCCACGCCACCCGCGGCUACUACCUGGGCAUGUUCCUGGGGGGCGCCUACCAGGAGGCCCUUGGCGGGCUGCACAACCUCUUCGGCGGGCCGAGCGUGGUGCGCGUGUCGCAGAGCGACGGGCCCCACUGCUUCGCGGUGACGCGCGCGGCGGCGGGUCCCUCGUGCGCCGACGUGCUCCGCGCGAUGCAGCACGAGCCCGAGGUGAUGUUCGAGGUGCUGAAGCAGAGGACCGACGACGCCACGGCCGCGUCGCUCGCCAGGGCGUUCGGCGCAAUGCCGUACCUGGCGUUCGACCCCGAGGCCGCGGUGAUGUCCAGCGGGGAGAGCAACGGCAUGAGCAGCGACUCGGAGGGGUCGGCCGCCGGCGCCGCCGAGGAAGAUGAUGAUGAGUGGGAGUUCAUGCGCGGGCUCGCCGUCUGACGAUGAAGCAGCAGCAGCAGCAGAAGCUCCCGUGUUCCCCCCCGUCCCUGGUGAAUCAAGUCGCCAGCAAGUUUGUCAGUCGCCGGCCGGCGUUGGUAACCUAACCCUCCGCCCGGUGUUGUAUCGUGUCAUGGUCGUAGUAGUCGGGUGUCUCGUCGUCGCCGGAGUUCUUGGCGCCACUUUUUUUAUUCCGAAUGCGUCAGUUGUCCACUGUUCGCCUUUUUUCUUGGGAAAUAAGAAGGAACUCUUGAGUUUCCCCGCAACUCUUGUCUA